AAUAUAAUUUACCAAACAUUUGCAAUAUAUGUGUUUCUUUCAAUACCUAUUAAAAUCUCAAAUGAUUGAGUAUGUGGGGCAAAUUAUCUCUGAGUUGGACAAAUUUUCCUCCAUACGAUUGCCUCAAAUGGUGGCCGAGAGUGAGAUGAAGAAAGAUGCUUCUACUGAUUCUCCAACUUCGGUUCUUGAAGAAAAUUCUCGUUUUCUCAGUUCAUUUUUCUGCCUUCUCCCAGCUGUCUCAUUUCAUCACCUUCUGCCCAACUCCAAACACAAGGUCAUGUCAGCCACUUCAUUUCUGGAAGAAUCAUGCCCCUGUCCAUUUCCACUUUAAUCAUUCUACCAUCUUAUAGGUUGAUCUUUGACGUUUCACGCAUCAAAAGAUUCGAAAGUUUCACGCAUCAAUAUACUUGAUAGUCCGGGUGGAGCAGAAGCGUUUGAAUUAGUUGCAAAGUUUUGUUAUGGUGUAAAUGUUGAGAUUACACUAUCAAAUAUUGCUAAACUUGUUAUUUGUAUGGUUAAUUUUAUAUUUUUAUAUAAUAUAUGGUAUUUUUAUUU